AUGUUGCCCAAAGUUCUCGUGCUCCUCCUGGGCAUAUUCGUGAUCAUCCAGUCGAGGGUUGAGGGACCUCAGCCUGCGUCAAAGAAGGAAGCCUCUGCCCAUAAUGAUGUCUUCUAUGGCCCUGAGCCACAGCCCCUUGGAAGGAAGCUCCUCUCUGAAGAAACAAAGCCCACUGCUACUGGGACCGGGCGCCCAGUUGGCAAACUGCCAGAAGCCUCUCGCAUCCUGAACACGAUCCUGAGUAACUAUGACCACAAACUGCGCCCCGGCAUUGGUGAGAAGCCCACUGUGGUCACUGUUGAGAUCUCUGUCAACAGCCUUGGCCCACUCUCUAUAAUGGACAUGGAAUACACCAUUGACAUCAUCUUCUGCCAGACCUGGUAUGAUGAACGCCUCCGUUACAAUGACACCUUUGAGACCCUUGUUCUGAAUGGCAAUGUGGUGAGCCAGUUGUGGAUCCCGGACACCUUUUUUAGGAAUUCUAAGAAAACCCAAGAGCAUGAGAUCACCAUGCCAAACCAGAUGGUCCGCAUCCACAAAGACGGCAAGGUGUUGUACACCAUUAGGAUGACCAUUGAUGCUGGAUGUUCACUCCACAUGCUCAAAUUUCCAAUGGAUUCUCACUCUUGCCCUCUGUCUUUCUCUAGCUUUUCCUAUCCUGAGAGUGAGAUGAUCUACAAGUGGGAAAAUUUUAAGCUUGAAAUCAAUGAGAAGAACUCCUGGAAGCUAUUCCAGUUUGAUUUUACAGGAGUGAGCAACAAAACUGAAAUUGUCUCAACGCCAGCUGGGGACUUCAUGGUCAUGACGCUUUUCUUCAACGUGAGCAGGCGAUUUGGCUAUGUUGCCUUUCAAAACUACGUCCCUUCUUCUGUGACCACGAUGCUCUCCUGGGUUUCCUUUUGGAUCAAGAAGGAGUGUGCUUCAGCCAGGACCUCUCUAGGGAUCACCUCUGUACUCACCAUGACCACACUGGGCACCUUUUCUCGUAAGAAUUUCCCACGUGUCUCCUAUAUCACAGCCUUGGAUUUCUAUAUCGCUAUCUGCUUCGUCUUCUGCUUCUGCGCUCUGCUGGAAUUUGCUGUGCUCAACUUCCUGACCUACAACCAGACAAAAGCCCGUGCUUCUCCGAAACUUCGCCAUCCUCCUCUUGGUAGCCGUGCCCAUGCCCGUAUCCGUGCACGUGCCCGCGCCCGCGCCUCCCAGCAGCAGGAAGGUUUUGUGUGCGAGGUUGUCACCUCUGAGGGAAGUGAUGGAGAGGAGCGCCUGUCUUGCUCAGCCCAGCGGUCCCCCAGCCCAGGUAGCCCCCAGGGUCCCCGCAGCCUCUUCUCCAAGCUGACCUGCUGUGAGUGGUGCAAGAAGUACUUCUGCAUGGUCCCCGAUUGCAAGGGUAGCACCUGGCAGCAGGGCCGCCUCUGCAUCCACAUCUACCGCCUGGAUGACUACUCGCAGGUUGUUUUCCCAGUGGCCUUCUUCUUGUUCAAUGUGCUCUACUGGCUUGUUUGCCUUAACUUGUAGGUGCCAGCUGGCACCCUGUGGGGCAGCCUCCCCAGUUCCCCAGGAGGGCCCAAGCCCCCUGCUAAGGGAGUUGUGGGAAAGCAGCAGCAGCAGGAGUGACCAGGGAGUGUUUCUCUUUCCCCAUUUCCCACACACAAGCCCGCAGAGAACUGGUCUUUGCUGGCCCUCUCCCCUACCUGGGCCAUCCACUUAAUCUCCUGGGCAGCCCAUUUCAAGCAAAAUAGCCCACCUUUCUAUUCUUCAAGGGGCAUUCAUGAUGCUCAGUUUUAAAAGUCAUAGGCUCUCAGUGAUCAGGUCCCAACAGUGCCGACAAUCACUGCCUUUCUCCGGAAAUCCAUUAUUGCCUUUGUGGUGCUACGGGCCCAGCUCUGGCCCCAGCCUCAAAGUGCACAGACCAGCUGCUUGCCUGUUUCUGACACUUCCUUAAGAUGCUGGGCAGCAGCAUAACAGGGAGGAGACCCCCAUCCUUCGGUCAGAUUAUUAUAUUCUUGGUUCUAUCUCCUUGCCCUCCCUCCCUUCCCCUGCAGAUAAACACUGCCAUUAUCCCUUUAGGAGGAGGACAGCCAACAAGUGAAUUGACUUGGAAUAGUAUCUAUCCCUCUGCUGCUGUGACAUCUCCGUCUCCCCGCCCUGCUUCCAUCUUUCAUCCGCACUACCAAUUCAAUGCCCUUCAUCCAGUGGGUAUCUAUUUUUGUGUGUGAUGAUAGUAAUUACCCCCUGCUUUGUACGCCACCUUCUUCCUCCUCCUUGACCCCUGUGACUCUUUCUGUAACUUCCCCAGUGACUUUCCCAGCCCUGACCCAGGUGCUAGGCCUUGGUGACUUCCUGGGGCUAAGAAACUAAGGAAACUCUGCUUUGCAGCAGGCAUUACCUGCCAUUGAUUGGUGCCCACCUAAGGCACAGCAUAGGAGUUCUACCACUUGCUUGGCCCCUGGACCCAUGAGCCAGUCCACUGUUAUCCCCGGGGCACUCUCACAAUCACAAUCAAUCAAUUGAAUUCCCUUAAAUUUGUAUAGAACUUUACCUUUGACAGAGCACUUUUGACAAAUUAUUUCUAUUUGAAGCCUCAUCAUAGCCCUGGGACAUCUUCAGGGCAGG